GUUUCGAGAGGCAGCGAUGGACAGUGCUUAAAAUGUUGCUAACAGUCAGUCCACUUCAGAUUAUCCAUGCUAUCGGAACCGUAGCGCCUCCAAUAAAAAGGACACACCGGACGGUGCAACAGGUACAGUACGUAACGUGCGUUGACGGUAAUACAUACAACUCGCGGCAUCUAACAUUCUCAUCAUGAAAGCUUCCGGUGCCUUGGUGGGGCUACUGUUGGUGGGGCUGGUCCUGGCAGACGAUCGUUGUCCACCGAUCGACGACCCGGAAUCGCCACCGGUACUGCUGCCACAUCCAACCGACUGUGAAAAGUUCCUGAUCUGCAGCCACGGCAAUGCGGUUGUUAGCAAAUGUCCACCCGGAUUGCACUGGAACGAUGGAAAGAAAUUGUGCGACUAUCCAUCGCUAGCCCAGUGCCUUGUGGGAGAAGCGGGAUCUACCUCGCAACCGCUGCAACCGUCCGAAAACUGUCCGGCGGAGUACGAUCCCGAUCAUAUGGUGUACACGCCGCACGAAACGGACUGCACCAAGUACUACAUCUGCGAUCCGCACGGUGUGGAGCUGGAGCAGCGAUGUCCGUCCGGGUUGCACUGGAAUCCAGCGGUGAAUUAUUGUGAUUUCCCCGAGCUAGCUGGGUGUGAGGAAUAACCAGUGACGUGCCGACGCAACCAUGGUACUGUAAAUAGAUUCUUAAGUGGGGGAAAAAUCCCCCGUCCGUAUUUAA